AUGAGGUCCCUCCUCGCCUUCGGGUGCCUGGCAGCAUGCGCCGGCAUGUCGGCCCCGGUCUCGCGGCGGCCCAAUGCCUUUUCAGCCAAAACCAGCCCAGCGGCCCCCCGCCGCGGGCCAGCGCUGGCGCCGCCGGCCGGCCGCGACCGCCGGCCACGCCGGCGCCCCCUCACCCUCGAAACGGCGAGACACCUGCUGAACAAGGGCGCGCUCUCGCACGACGACGCCGUCGCCGCGGUGCGGAGCGCGACGCGGCUGGCCCAGUCCCCGGCGCCGCGGCACAAGACGCGGCCCACACGAAACGACGUCGACGCGUUCGUGCGUGAUGUGUUAAAUGCCCCUUCUAGAAGCUGGGAGCCGACGGAGCGCCUCUGUGCGGUGGCAUUGGACGCGCACGCCAGGGACGGCGACGUCAAGGCGACGCGUCAGCUGAUCCGAGCGGCGCGGAGUCUAGGCGGCGUCCAGCCGGGCCCCGUCUCCUUUUGUAUUUUGAUCAAGGCUGUCGGUCGAAGGGGCGAAAAACUCCCGAGCGGCCGCGAAAAGAGGACGCUGACCAAAUCCGUCGACGAGGCCAUCAAGGGCUGCGCCCGCAAUAGUGUACCGGACGCUGUAUUAUUAAACGCGGCGGUCGACGCCUACGCGCGACUCGGCGCGGUCGACGACGCUUUGCACUUAGUCGGCUCCUUCGGGGACUACGGCGUGCAGGCCGACGCGCGCGCCUACAACGCCGCCCUCAAAGCGUUAGUUAGAAGACCGCGCGACGCCUUGGCUUUACGGAGACGCAUGCGGGCCGCCAACGUAAAACCGACGGCGGUCACGAACGCAACAUUAAUAAACACGAUCGCGCUCCACAACCCCGCGCGAGCGCAGCGGCUGCUGCCUACGCUGGUGCGCGACGACUUCGCGCGGGACCGCGACGCGUUGAACGCGGCGACGGCCGCGUACACGUCGGUCGUCGGCGCCUUCGCGUCACAAGGCGCGGAGCGGGCGGCCUAUGACGUGGCCGGUCUCAUGCGACGGCGUUCCGUCCCUCUGAACGCGGUGACCUUCGCGGAGUUAUUCAGAGCGGCGUCUACCGCGACGAAAGGCUCCAAACGGGCGAGGCGCAUCCGAGGCUUGUGGCGGCGCCUCACGAAAGAUAGGAUCCGCCCGACGCGCGGGUGUUAUGAUGUCGCUAUUGCAUCUUUAAUUGGAGACGUCCCAGACCCGGCGUGUCUGCGGCUAGCUCUGGACCUGUCGGCGACGAUGCGGGCCGACGUGGGCUGGUCCACGACGACUCUGAAUCUGAUACUGGCCGCGUUGUACGCGAGCGACGCGCGCGCUAAGGAGGCUCGUUCGACGUACGACGCGCCGGUCGCGAGCGAUCGCAAUGCGAAAUUAAGAGCUGCGGAAAGAUUGUUCGAUCGCGCGGAGCGGGACCCGAGGACGUGCGCGCCGCCCGAUUGUGCUACGUACACCAUCGCUCUACGAGCGAGAGCUCGGCGCGGCGACCUCGAUGGGUGUAGGCAAGCGUUCCGCUCAUUGCGGGACUCGCCGACCUUAUCCGUCGACAACGUGGCGGCGACGUCCAUGCUCGUCGCCCUCGCGCGGGCCGGUGCGCUGUCGGAGAUGUGGCGGCUCCUCGAGGACAUGCGCAACGUCGAGAUGUGCGAGGACCUGCCGACGCCCGACGCGGACGCUGUUGAAGUUGUGGUCAGGGCGUUAGCUCGGGCUCGCAGCGGUGUCGCCGCCGACAAAGCGAUCGCGCUUUAUGAGAGGCACUUUGGCACGCGCGGCGACCUCGGUGCGCCCUCGGAGGCCUGCGUGCAGGCCGUGCUCUUGGCGUGCGCGCGCAAGGCGCCGCCGCCGAAGGGUCUCUUCGAUCUGAAGCGGUCCGUGCGCGACGACGUCAAGGCCGCACGGGAGGUGCUCGACGGCCUCGAGGGGCGGCUUCCAUCUGAUACGGUGCGCGACCUGCGCCAGUACGCGCGCGAGACGCUCGCCCAGUGCGAGACGGAGACGUGGCGCGACGGCGCGGGCCAGCGGCCCGGAGGGCGGUGGACGGAGCCCGAGUCGGCCUCGGAUCGGCUCUUCUCGCAGAAGGGCUGGAACUCCGUGGAUUCGGGGUUCAAGCUCUUCUGAGUAACGGUUAUUAUGUAU